AUGUUCAUAUCAUCCCCAAACCCUAUCGAAGGUACUGAUUCAAAGUCGCCUCUGGACCCCAGUGGCUCCCAAUUCCCUUGCCAGGGCGCUACACUUCCCACAAGAGGCGGGCAAAUCAUGGCUGCCGGUUCGACACACCUGCUGGCUUUCAAUCUUGGUGCCGGCGAUAACACAGCCGUACAUGGAGGCGGUAGCUGUCAGCUCUCUAUCACCUACGAGACAGACCCGCGCAAACAGAAGGAUCCCUCGAGCUGGAGAGUCAUCUACUCGAUCGAAGGAGGAUGUCCCACUGACGCCCCAGGCAACCUCCAGCAGGGCCACGUAGUCGAUUGUUCUACCAAUGGGAGUACUACUACCGCUUGCGUGAACGAGUUCCCCUUUACGAUCCCACCAGGUGUGAAAAAUGGCCAUGCCAUUAUGGCGUGGACUUGGUUUAACACGAUCGGCAACCGGGAGAUGUACAUGAAUUGCAUGAAUGUGGAAUUGACUGGCGGAGACGGAUCAGAAGUCCCCGACUUCCCAGAACUCUUCGUGGCAAAUCAGGGGCAUCUGGGGAAUUAUUGCCCGACUACAGAACGGUUCAAUGUCAAAUUUCCCAAGCCUGGUGAAUACGUU